GAUUCUUGAUUGUUAUUGCUCAAAAAGGUCAACCUAUGUAUAGUAAGAACUAUCAAAUUAUUAUACCUUUUUCCCAUCUUUUCAUUUUAUUCAUUUAUUAUUUUCUUGACCAAAGUAAUUCCACUCACAGUAUCAUAUUCCAUUUUCAACAUACUCAAUCAUCUCAUUUUUAAGCAGCCUCAUAGCUUUCCUCACCCCCACCCCCAACCCCUAACAAUUAUUUUCCUCCAUAAUAUCUUCAUUAAAUUCCUCUUCUUCAUAGUUCAUAUACACACACAAUCGUCUUCAAUAUUCUAUAACAAAUCAAUUAUCAAAUGGAGUUUGAUAGUGUUUGUGGCACAGGACUUACCUUAGGACUAAGCCUUAAUUCAUCACCAUCCAUGGUCAAUCUAAACACGAUGGAUUCCACCAAGCAGCCGAGUUUCGAGCCAUCGUUAACGUUAGGUCUUUCUCGAAGCCACGGUGACCAAAACGGGCGUGUGGCUACCAAAGUAGGUGAUAUACGUAUGUUGUAUCGACAGGAUAGCGCUGUAAUCAGUGGUGGAGGCUCGUCGUUUUCAAACAAGAGUUCGAAGAGGGAACGAGAGGUUGGGAGCGAAGAAUCGGAGAGAGUUUCGAAUGAUAAUAACUAUUCGAGAGUGAUGAGUGCUACAAGUGUUGAUGAUGGUGAAGAUGAUGAUGAUUGUGCUAAUGGUAGGAAGAAACUCAGGCUUACCAAACCACAGUCUGCUCUUCUUGAACAAGCCUUUAAACAUCACAGUUCUUUAAACCCUAAACAAAAGCAAGAACUAGCAAGGGAACUAAAGCUUAGGCCCAGGCAAGUUGAAGUUUGGUUCCAAAACAGAAGAGCGAGGACGAAACUGAAGCAAACGGAGAUGAACUUUGAACACUUAAAGAAAUGUUGCGAGAAAUUAACGGAUGAGAACCGGAGACUUCAAAAAGAGCUUCAAGAACUCAAGGCGUUAAAGUCGUCUCAACCAUUUUACAUGCAGCUACCGGCAGCCACUCUCACCAUGUGUCCGUCGUGUGAAAGGAUCGGAGACACCAAAUCUGCCCUUGUGAAGAACCCUUUUACUAUGGGUGCCAAACCACACUUCUUCAAUUCCUUCACUAAUCCAUCUACAGCCUGUUAAUUAAAUAUUUAAUCAGAUUUCGUUUGUGGUUAUUGAGUAAUUAUAUAUAACGAUAAAAAAGAAAAAUAGUAUUUGAAUCACCAAGGCGCUACCCUACCUUUUUAGAGUCAAGGGGCUGAUGGCUUUGAUUUGAUUAGAGUGCCUCCAUUGGAGGCGAAUGUGGUCUAUAUGACGUCUAGAUGGAAGAGAGAGAAAACAACUAAUCAAAAUUCAAGUCAGUAAAGGAGGAAAGACGGAAAAAUGAGAGAGAGGAGAAAAAAUGAUGAAUUAAGACGUCCGAAUUCAUUCAACUUUGUGGAUGUUUUUACUAUAAUUAAGUUAUUUUGGAAACAUUAAAGUUCCUUCCGACUUUUAUCUUCUUGUGUUGUGAUUAAAAGACUAACUCAAUGAAAUGAAUAUGUGAUCUAUUAUUGUG